GUUUGAGAUUAGUAACGAUCAUACGAUAUAGCCUGCCCACACUGGACGGGUGCCGAUAUUACAAGACACACAUUUGAUCUGUUACGACCUUUCUCCAUUGAGAACUUGUUCAUUCUACAUACUAUCAAUGGGGAAAGCUACUAGCUUGAGGAUUCAAGAGACUCAGUCUACUGUCGCAACGCCGUCCGAAAGGUCGAUAGAGCCUUCAGCGGGCCAAAUCGACAUGUCUCCUAAUAAUGCUGCGAACAAUAAUGUCACUGAACACGAAGAUACGUUCGCGGACCAGGCGGAACACACGCAUCCUGACCCGGAGUUGGACGUGCAGUCGCAUCUCGAUUCAACAGGGGUGUGGCUUCUCGCAGCGCAACAUCUGUCCAGUACUUGGGGAGAUCGCACGGCUGAAUUCGCCUUUCCGCUUUAUCUUAUCGAAUUGUUCGUGAAUACUCUUUUGCCUGCGUCCAUCUACGGGUUCGUCAUUACCGGGGCUGGUAUUUUCCUCUCAGGGAGUGUAGGCUCGAUGAUCGAUAAAUUUACUCGACUGAAGGCCGUUCGCAUCUCCAUCUUAAUGCAGAAACUCUCAGCUUCCAUCUCCUACGCCCUCUUCAUCAUCCUAUUCUCGAAAUUCCCAAACAUCAACAUAUCCGACGCACGAUCCAUGUGGCUCAUCUUCGUCGCCAUCACCGCAAAUGGGUGUGUCCUCAAGCUCGCGACGGUCGGGAUGAACGUCUGUAUCGAGAGAGACUGGGUCAUGACUAUAGCGGCCUCUAACGACCGGUCUCUCCUGCGGCUGAACACUGUCAUGCGUCGGAUCGACUUGCUCUGCAAGCUCCUUGCGCCGCUUUUCGUCAGUUUGCUCACCUCGACCAUCGGGUAUCCGUUAUCGGCCAUCGUGUUGCUUGCUAUCGGGAUUCUCACAAUGGUGUUCGAGUUCUUGUUCGUCAAAAUCGUGUAUAGGAAGUUUUCGGUACUAGGAAGCCCGAGACUAUCUAGGCGCGUCCCCGAGACAAGCGAAUUAGAGGACGUUGCGCCUAAUCAGCCGGAGAUCAAGUCAUACGACUGGCGUCGCUGGCCAGGGAUUUCACAAGCAUGGCUCGGGCAACAACUCCAGGACUGGAAGGAAUUUGUGCAUCACCCAAUAUUCAUCAGCUCAUUGUCGAUAUCUCUUCUCUACCUAACUGUUCUGUCGUUUGACUCGACGUUUUUGGCUUAUCUGAAGAGUCAGACAGACUACUCAGACCCGUUCAUUGCAGGCAUGCGAGGUCUUUGCGUUGUCACCGGGUUGAUCGGAACCUUUGCUAUGCCGUGGCUGGAAAAGUCUCUGGGUCUGGUCCGUGCAGGAUCAUGGUCGCUAUGGUCGCAGGUCCUCUCGCUCAUCCCAGCGGCCUUGAGCUUCUACAUUGGAGCCCACGGCCAAGAUAGAGCUGCCUGGAACUCAGCCAUGCUUUUUGGUGGCCUCGCGCUCUCACGCAUUGGACUGUGGUCAUUUGACCUCGUGCAACUUACCCAACUACAAAAAGCUCUUGCAAACCAUCCGCGACAAAACACGCUCACAGCGCUGCAGUUCUCGCUGCAGAACAUAUUCGACUUGGCGCAUUACGGACUGACGUUAGGAUGGAAUAAACCGGACCAAUUCAAGUUUGCUGCCGCGGUGUCAAUGGCCUCCGUGUUUAUGGCCGCAGUGGUGUAUGUUUGGGGUUACGCUCGGCCACUGAGAGGACAUGUUUUCCAUACUGGCAAAUUGGUUUCCAGGUUGAGUGUUCUUGUUCGUAGAAUGCGGUGA